UCCCCGCGGGCACCUGGCGCGGGAGGAGCGAGGCCGCGCGGCGCCGGGCGGGGCAGGGCGAGAGGCGCACCUGCGGCCGCGCGCGGGCGGGAGCCGGGUGGCCCGGGGCGCGGGUCCGGCCCCGGCGUCGAGCAGGAAGUGGCCGCGGCGGGGCCCGGGCGCGGCCUCGGCGGGGCGCGCCUCCUCCCGGAGCCUCGCGGAGCAUCCGGGCCGCGGGGCGGCCGAGCCGGAGCCCGAGCGCCGGGAGCGAGACCUAAUGGCGGCGCGGGCGCUCGGAGGCCCCGGGGACGCCGCCUCGGCCGCCCUGGACGGGCUGCCCCAGAACUUCACGUACGGGGCGCCGGGCGCCGGCAACGGCUCCCUGUCGCGCGAGUGGUACCGCAGGAACCAGAUUCACCUUUUUGGAGUUUUCCUGGCCAUUUUAGGAAACCUGGUAAUCAGCAUUUCCCUAAAUAUCCAGAAAUAUUCUUACCUUCGGCUGGCGCAGCAAGAACACCCAAGGCCGUUCUUCAAGAGCGCGCUGUGGUGGUGCGGGGUGGCGCUGACGGCCGUGGGGGAGACGGGGAACUUCGCAGCCUAUGGGUUUGCGCCUGUGACCCUCAUUGCUCCGCUGGGCUGCAUGUCCGUUACAGGUAGUGCCUUUAUUUCUGCUGUGUUUCUGAAAGAAAAUUUGAGAGCCUCUGAUUUACUAGGUAUGACAUUGGCAUUUGCAGGAUCAUAUUUAUUGGUGAACUUUGCUCCAAAUAGAACUCAGACAAUCUCUGCAAGAAUGAUACAGUGUUACUUCGUUGGGUGGCAGUUCCUGAUCUACGUGAUUUUAGAAAUAUUAAUUUUCUGCAUUCUCCUAUACUUCCAUAAGAGAAAAGGAAUGAAGCACAUUGUAAUUCUGCUAAGCCUGGUGGCACUUCUAGCCUCAUUGACUGUUAUCUCAGUAAAAGCUGUCUCAGGCAUGAUCACUUUUUCCGUGACGGAUAAAAUGCAACUAACUUAUCCCAUCUUCUAUGUAAUGUUUAUCAUCAUGAUAGCAUCUUGUGUUUUCCAAGUCAAGUUCUUAAAUCACGCCACAAGACUCUACAAUACAGCGACUGUGGUGCCAGUUAACCAUGUUUUCUUUACAACCAGUGCCAUCAUUGCAGGUGUUUGCUGUCAUUCCUUGGUGUGUUUUUGGUCACAAGAAAUCGAGAAAAGGAACAUCUGCCACAGUCUUACAUUGAUUUUGGAAAUAUUCCUGGGAAACAAAUGUUGGAUAAAAUACAACCAGAUUCCAACAGCUUAUCCUAUGGAACAGUGCCUGAUGGAAGUGACUCAACAAAGAGCCAAAGUGGAGAGAAGAAAGAGGCCUAGCAGGCCGAGAGGGAUGGCCCUGGGCCUGCUACUCGAUACCACCUUUUUAAAAAAUUGCACAUGUUCAGUUUGUGUCAGCAGCUAUUUAUCGCUGGCGUGAGCCAGCGUUAGUCCCAGUCCUGAGCCCUGCCUCCAUUUCUGUGGACACUCAGGCCUUCCUGAGCCUUGACAGUCUAAUGUUCUCGUGGAACGCAGCUCCAAGGGCUCCCCCACACCACGGGCCUCUCGCUAGUGAUCGUGUGACGGCUGCGUCUUAAUCAGAGCCUGGCUUCCCGAGGAUGAAUGCCACAGAAAAACGCACACCCACGACUUGGCCGUAGAACACAUGGGCUGCUUUCCCCAAAGGGCUGUGGUGGCAGUCGCUUUGCUUUAAAGAGACACUUGACCCCACAGCCUUACUCCUGAACAAAGGUUCCGGAGCAUCCCUUUUUUUAACUCUUAACUGCCACAUAACAUCUCACCAUCCUGUUCCUAAAUAAGAGCAGUGAGUCAUCUUUUUUGAAAACUAGCCCUACCUGUGGCUCCCCUUUAAAAACGAAGGGUGUCUUUAAAAUUAGAAUUUGUAAGUGGCAUCCUGUGACGGGGCAUACCAAAACUAAAAGACCUUGGCUGGUGGACUUUUUAAGCAAGGGAAAAUUUAAGAACCAGGGCCAAUUUUUAAAAAAAUAAAAAUACAGGAUGGUGGCAUUUCUUUAGCCAUGAGAUCCUAUUUACCUUCAUUGAAACUGAAGGGAAAACUUAAUAUUCUAUGCCUUCAUUUGUGUAGCUGUUAAAAUUUGUCAAGUGGGUUUAUAUGUUGUAACUCUUUUAACACGUCUCAAAAAUCAUAUUUAAAUUCUUGCUGAUAUUUUCACUAACACACUGUUGCUCCCCUAAGUCAUUAUUUCAAGCCUUAUAAAUUCAUCCACACAAAAGGGAUGAUUGGAGGGAACUGGAUUCCAGCCAUUUAAAUCUUAAACGAAGCCUCAGGCAGGUGGCCCAUCUGAGCCUAGAGAGGAAGUCCUGUGCUCCUGUACCCUGAAUGGCUUUUCUGUUGCGGUGAGUCACAAUCUGCUAAGAUAGCAUUUGCAUAAUCAUCCAUUACUUAUGCUCUAUCUAAUAUUUAAAUGAGGAGAAAAGAGUUAACCUUCACCGUAGCCAUAAGCAAUAAGCCCUGUGCUUAAGGACUUUGGAAAGCUUCAGGUCACUUCUGACCAGUCUGUACAGCAAGGUUCCAGCCAGUUGCCUUUGCAUUUGUGCAGGGUGUUUAACUCACACCCAAAGAGACUAUAAUCUUGAUUGUUGCAGGUCUUUCAGCUUUGUUCUUUGUCAUACCCUGCGCUCCUGAUCAGACCAACCAAACCUGGCCAUAGAGGCAGGAUUUGAAUCCAUCUCCAAUGUAUGCAUAACAACCUAGAGCCCAUGUCUGGCUUUUGAACUCCUGGUAAGAAUUCCUGCCAUUGUGGAAUGUGUUCCAUUAAUUCAAAUAAAACAGUCAUAAUUUAUGGCAUGUUUUUCUGAAUUGGUCCAACAUGUUGGCCCGGGAAGGCUCAGCUAAGAAAUGUAUCUGGUGUCUUAAAAUACAGAUUUCUGGUGACUCUUAAGACUGGUUCAAAGAUUGGGAAAAUAAUGAGACCGUAGAGUUUGACUUAAAGCAGGACUGUAUUUAUAGCUACAGCACAUGGUUUUGAGCUUUGGAGAAUUUUGCACAGACACAAGCACAAUACUGAUACUUUAGUGAUCACCCACACUUGUAUCUUUUUUAAGGGUUUUGAAAAAUAACAUUGACUUACACACCUUCAAGCCAUCUAGCAAUGCUUUAGAAGUUCAGGUAACAUAUUUCAGGCCGAAUGUUACUUUCCAUAUUGCCACUCCAAAAUAAGAUGAAAGGAAUUUCAGUUGUGCUGGACUGUAAAGAUUUUUUAAAUUACACAGUGCAUCACAACCACCAAAGCCAACCCAGCCCUUCUUUUGGCAUCAUGAAUGGGGGACCUUCAGCCAGCACUUGAGUCAUCUGACUGACUAUGUGUCUAGACCAAGGGUCUGCAAAACUUUUCCUUUAAAGACCCAAAGAGACAGUGUCUUGGGUUUGUGGGCCAUACAGUGUCGCAACUACCCCACUCUGCCUUUGUUGUGUGAAAGCAGCCACAGGCGACAUGUAAUAGGUGAGCCUGGCUGUGCCAGUAAAACCUUAUCUACAAAAACAGGUUGCCGGUCCGUGGGCUGUAGUCAGCAAACCCCUGGUUAGACUCCUCCGCCCUUGCUACGCAGCUUCUUUCUUGUUCCUCGGGCACUUGAGAGCUUAAAAAGCAACAGUUCUUGUUCGUGACAAACCAAGUACCGUGGCAGGAUCCUUUCACUUGCACAGGAUACAAAUGGUGCCACAACGUCAUUGCUGCUGCCAGAAUUUCUCUCUGAAAGGCAGUGGCUCUUUUGUGAGCACUACUGCCUGCCUGGAAGAGUCCCUCCAGCCCCACACUCCCACCAGUAACAGCUUCAGAAAACGGCUAGGAGUUACCUCUCAUGUAAUAGACUAAACAGAAGUCUUUACCAUCUGGCUGUUUUCAGCUUAAAUGUCUUCUUGCCUUAUAAUACUUUCGUUACUUUGAAUCACCUGGAAAAAAAUGCAAUAAAAAACUUCUCAAGCA